AUGUCAAAUGCUUUAGCAGAUCCUGCUGAACAAGGUGAAUCUUGGCUCAACAAACUUGGCAUUUAUAGGAACAAGCUGACCUUUUUAAAACGUUGGAGAGGCAUGAAAGAAAGCACAAUAGAAGUUAAAAGAGGUAUUGUAAUCUUAUAUAUAUAUAUAUAUAUAUAUAUAUAUAUAUAUAUAUUUAAAUCACUGGCAUGUAUUUGCAAAAUUAAUGUGAGGAUAUUUAUCUCAGAAUGAUGUACAUAAAUGCAAUGAAUUAAAGCAAACAAAAAUAGAUUGCCAACAUGUUCUCUGAAUUGCUUUAACAUCUUGCCUCCCUACAAAGUGAAUGUAUACCUAUGUUAGGGCUCCUUUAUGUCUAUAUUAUGGGUCGGCAACCUGGUCCCUACUGCCCACUAGUGGUCAUUUCAGGAUUCCAUAUGGGCGGUAGGGGGUUCAGCGGCACAACAAGCUGAAUCCUCCUUCCAUCGAGAGAGUGGGCGGGCGCGAGUGCACAAACGCACAUGAAAGUAUCAAUGCUUACAUACGUGCGCGAACUUGUGAGAACAUGAGAAUGCGUGCACGAGAACCAAAGAACGCGUGCAUGCACUCGUAAAUGUGCCAACAUGAGCGAGUGUAACACGUGGGAAGAGGAAGGGGAAGAGUGGGAGCUGAUGCACGAUAGCAGGGACAGGCAGAAGCAAGCAGAGCACUUGUAAAAUAGGAGAAAGAAAAGUUAUAGGCAGGAGAAGGAGAGAAUUGUUGUUCACUAAUAAUAAUAAGUGGGCCAACUAGCUCAGCCUUACUUUUGGACAUUGCCAUAAGAAAGGUAAAAGAAAAGCAUAAAAAAAGGAGAUAAAAAGGAAAAGAUCAAAACAAAUUUAAAAAAGGGAAGAAAAAAAGAAAAAAGGGGUAAAAUAAAGGAGGAGAGAAAGUAGUGUUUAGAGUGGUUCAUGUUUUGGCAAGUUAAGUUUUGUUAUCUUAUAAAAUAAAACCAAGAAAGAAGGAAAAUAAGUAAAGGAAGGAGAAUGAGCGAAUAAAGAGAAAGGGAAAAAGAGACCUCUGAUAUAUUGAUAUAAUAUAAGGAAGGUAAAGAAGAAGAAGGCAGGAAAAGUAGAAAAAAAGGGGGAAUUUCUUGUUAGGAAUUAAAAUUGUAUUUAAAGUUAAAUUCAGACUGAUGCGUAUCUGAACUGAAACCGUAACUUACUAGAAAUUAUCUAAUUAAGCUACUUUAAAUUUACAAAUAAUUGUUUUAUUGGUGCUGGUUAUACCGAUAACUAAACUAGAAUACAAUAACAAAAAUACAAUGCAUAUGAUAUACCUAUAUUGACUAAUGAAAGAAGCAAUUUUUUUUUAUUAUAUUUUUAUAUUUACAUAUUAUUAUAUUUUAUUAUUAUAUAUUAUAUUAUUCUAUUUUGCAAGAUUUCAGUAUACUAUGGUCCUUUCACCAGGCAUGUUUGUUGGAUGAAGCUCAGAAGUAUUCAUUGUAGGUUAACAAGACAGAAAUCCCGUUCUAAGUAAUCAAAAAAAAAAUGAAAUAAGGUCAUUAAAAUGAAACAAACAUACUACCAUCAUAGCAGCAGACAAAGGUGCGGCUAUUGUAUAAGUGGCUACAUUAAGGAAGCACAAAGGCAGCUCUCCAACCCUACCCACUAUAGGGAACUACAGGAGGACAUGUAGAAACAUAAUAAGAAGCCUCCCUUUUGAACAAACCUUCAAUCACUUAUACCAUGCUCCCCAAAAACAAUGUACUUCUAUAUGCUGCCAAAAACAUAAACAAGUCAACUCAAGAAGACAAAUAAAUCUCGGGUUGAAACAUCUCUGGCUGCGUGGGAAACUUUUUUGAAAUCUUUGGUAAGGAGUACAGCCAGCUACCUUCAAGACAACACACCUUAAUAAGCUAUCUGACAUUGGGUCAGUACCAGAUAAAGUGAUUUUGGCAAUCAUGAAUGUAGUAUCAAUCCAAUUACUAUUGAAAUCCUUCUUCUUGGGACUCUGGGACUUACUGGUAUUUCCCAUGUAAGUGGAUUAAUCUCAUAAGAGAAGGCAUUAUGAUGCUAGAUUUGGACCUGCCAAAAAUGGGGUACAAUGACGUUGUGGCAGGCUUAUGCAAUGUAUGAUCAUAUACUGUAACUAAAUCUCCAUUAUUUUAUUUUAUAAACUUCAAAUAGCUGCUUAGUGAAUAAGCCAAUGCGCUGGAUCUUGUAUGUUGUAUGAAUUGACCCCCGCAGCACCCUAUAAUGUAUGCAUGUUUAGGUGAGGGCAGCGUAUUGGUUUCAUAUAUUUAUAUUUGGGAGUUCAGGCCAACUCCUUGGUUAGGCAUCCCUCCCUGUCACAGUUGCCUCAUUCAAAUGCCUUAUUUAACCAUGAUCUAGAGAGAGUCCCAGGAGGAAGGAUUUCCCAAGUAAGUGGAUUAAGCUCAUAAGAGCAGGCAUUAGGAUACUAGAGUGGGACCUUCCAAGAAUGAGCAUAUAUAUAUAUAUUUACUUUACAUGAACACUCUCCCAGCAUUAUCUUACUGUUCUGUCAUAUGCAUCAACACUUUAAAAUGCAUUCCUAUAUGUUUAUUAUAUCAAUAUACGAAGUACUAUGUGUAGACCUAUGCUUUUCCAUACUCUUAUGCAUGUAUGCUUAUAUAUAUUACUGUGCAUUUUUAUUUGUGUAUAUGAGUUCAUGUGCAUGUAUGUAUGUGUUUAUGUAUAUGUACAUGCGUUUAUGCGUUCACAUAGACAUAUUUAUGUGUGUGUGCAUGUAUAAAGUGUACCAUCCUCUGCACUGUCUGCUUGUUUGUUUUUCUUCUCCCUCUCUUCCCCCUCACUCUGCUCUUCAGAAAGAUAUUUAUGACCCUCUGCAAAAAUGGUGUCUAUUUUCUAACAAACUUGUGUCUUAUCUACACUCAUGUCGCUUUAACCCCUGUAUCACAACUCAACCUUGAAUUCUAUGUGCUCAGAAAUGCUUCAGACUUGAGAAAGGGAGGUUCUCCCGAUAGCUUGUCAUUAAAAAAUUCUGUUAGUCCAAUAAAAAAGGUAUUACAAGAUACAAAUUUUAUCUGUUUUUUACAUCUACAUCACUGGACUAAUACGGCUACAAUCUCUACAUAUAUAUAUAUAUUUAUUUAUUUAUUGGCCAUAUUCAUAGCAGCACAAUAAUGGGUUAGCACAUCCUAUACCCAUAUAGGCAAUAACCUAAUUAAAUUAACUGUAUAAGUACCCCCUCCAACCUCCUAGAUCUCCCUUUUUUUUGUACUUGUCCUAUACCCUAUUGGUCAGAGUUUUUGGGACUAAUUUGUGGUUUACCUGAAGGUUGUUACACACUACUCUAAGGGAGUUUAGCCUCUCUUCCUUAGGAAGCUUCAGGAUAUGACCCUGUGCCAAGUUGUCUCCCUGAAGAAACCCCUUUAGUGACCUUGGUCAAUGUGCAGUGAUCCUAGGAAUAGCAAGUAAUAUAAAAUAACCUAGGAUUACCUCCUCCUGCCCGAUUUACCUGUCUGAACUUCACUGGCAAUCUAGCUGUGCCUGCAAUCUAUCCCUGGUGUAUUCUCCUCCUUUUCCCUUCAUUUCAGAAUUUAUUCUGACUUCAUUUGCUAUUUUUUAAGUUUUCUGAUUUCUACUGAAUUCGGGUCGAAUUUCCUUGUAUUGUUUCUGUGGUGUAAGUCUAAAAUCAAAUUCAAAGUUUUUAUAAUCUUCCCACCAUGCAUUCAUUUUUCUGCAUUCGGCCGGUGCCGCUGCACAUGUGCGAACCGAAAAAGGGAUGCAUGACGCAGUGCGCAUGCACAAAAGUCUGUGAAUGUGUAGUAGGUCCAUGGUGGACAUCUUAUACUGACAUCGUUUAUGACAUCACAGAGUCUUUAUAAAGCAUCAAAAACUGAAUUUUAGGGCUUAGAAUUUCUUCUCAGCUGUUCCUGGUGUAUAUUCCAUUGAAUCUUUGCUAUUUUGAAUUUGUUUUCUUAAAUUGACUUUCUUGUAAGUAUUUAAAGCUACAGUCCAUUUAGAGUGAUAUACUCCUUAAAACAUUUUUUCUUUUUUUUCUUUUUGCCUUGGUCCUUUAUUGGAUGUCUUUUUAUCCUUCACGACCUCUAAUAUGGGUUCAGAUUUGUCUAUCUCUGAGAAAAGAGUCAUCAUCUAAGAGUAAUAUGUAAAUCAUGCAUUUAUAUAAUACUUUCCUCUUUCUCAACCUUUGUAUAUAAACAAAAGAGAGCAGUUUACUCAUAUUUCCAUUACGUUAAAGCUCAACAGGGAAGAAAUCUAGAGCCUCCCUGGAAGCAUCUAUGUGAAGCGUGUGAUUCAAAGCUAUAGAAGGGAAGCGUCUCUGUGCAGCUUGCCUGAAAGCAGCGUCUGGUCCUUCUAAUUCCUACCCCUGACAUCAUGGAUUUCAUUAAACAAGUGGUAUUAAGGAAGCCAGUAAGUCAUCCAAUACGUCUAGAUACUAAGAUCCUGUUUGGUCCAAAGAUGAUUCCUCUAAUUCUGAUAUGAAAGUGGAAUCUCUUCAAAAGGCAUUUUCUUCAUAAGAAGUAGUAGAGCCCUCUCCCACCUCACCUCCAGAGUGCGAAGAUCUCUGAACUUGAAGGAUCAGUAAAAGACAAAUCUUUAUCAAGCAAAUAUUCUCCAAUCUUAGAAGGAAUAUAGUCUUCUUUCCUGUACGUGAUACAAAUAAAGAAUUAAUCUUAAAUGAAUGGACAAAGACUAAUAAAAAGCUUUUACCUCAAUGAAGAAUGUCUCAUUCCUUUGAUGCCUCAGGUGCUGCAGCCUGUAAACCUUGUCCCCAAGGUAUCAAGGUUACAACGUGUCAAGGGAAUUUUUUCUGGAGUUUGACAAUGCUCCUCCAAGUCCCAGCUUCCAGAUCAUAAAGUGACCAGGGAACAAAGAAAAAAGGGACGCUCUAAAAGAAUUUAUGGUUACCCUUUAAGCAGAGAAAGUUAUUCCAGGUUCCAAAAGAAGAAUGCACUUUCAGCUUCUGUUCUCACCUUUUCCUGAUCAAAAGAGUGCCUUGAGGUUGGAAACUAAUUCUGGACCUGCACAGACUUAACACGUUUUUGAGAAUCAGGAAAUUCGAAAUGGAAUACCUUCAAUCCAUACUGAAGGUUGUGUUUCCAGGCCUAUGGAUGAUGUCUAUUAACUUGCAGUAUGCAUACUUCCAAAUCACAGUUUCAAGCACUUCCUUUUGGGCUGUAUUGCACAAGUCCUUCCCUUUGGAAGUGCUGCUCCUCAGACAUUCUUCAAAGUGAUUGUCAUCCUGCAGAACUAAGAAAAAAAAACGUAUUGCAAUAUAUCAUUAUCUAGAUGACAGACAACAAAGACUCUUCUGUUACAUGGACAUCUUUGCUAAAACAUAGUUGAAAGCUCAACAUAUCAUAAAGCCAGCUGAUUCAUAACAAAGAAUGACCUGUUUAGGAGCUUUGUUCAAUUCCUUUCAAGGCAAAGUACAUUUUUUACAGGACAGAGGGAGAUGUCUUUAGUCAAAAGAAAUAUUAUCUGUCAGUGUGACAACAUUGAUGUAUGCCAGUCACUGGGGAUGGGAAGCUUGGUGAAUGGAUCAUAUAGCCCCAGACUUCCCAUCAAAUGUCAUAGAACAUCUAGCAGUCUUCAUAGCUCUCAAUACAUUUCACCAUUUACUGUAUCAGAAAUGGGUGAAAGUACGAGUUGACGAUGCUACAGGAGAACAUGUAGAAAAAUAAUAAGAAACCUCCCUUUUGAAAUCACCAAGGAGGAACCAAGAGCCGCAGCUUGAUACAAAUUCUAUGUUGUGGGUUCAAAAGAAUCUCCAGGAACUAGUAGCUGUUCAUCUCCAACACUGUGACAGAUGACCUGAGCAGGGUAAAUAUAGAUCCAGGAGAAUGGUCUGCAUCAAGCAAGGUCUUCCAAGACAUUGUGAACAAAUGAGGUCUACCUCAAGUGAAUCUAAUGGCCAACCACAAGAACAACAAAGUCCCAAUAUACUUCUCCAGGAUUUUUCAUCCUCUAACCAUUGAAAGGGAUGCCCUAUCCUGAAAAUUUGACUUAAUUCUGGGACAUGUUUUUCCUCUUCUAGACCAAUUUUCAUUAAGGAAAAUUCUGCACUCCCUGUAGAUAUAUAUAUAUAUAUAUAUAUAUAUAUAUAUAUAUAUAUAAACACCCUAUGAAAAAAGACAAAGUAUAUAUCACAGUUGAAAGAAAACAGUAUCUAUUUUUAAAAAAUAUGACCAUUUCCAGCAAUCGCUGAAUUUACCAGGGAGGUGUGUACUAUGUCUUUUUUCAUAGGGUAUAUAAACUUAAUCUUACCUUGCAACUGACCAACUGCUGAUUACUAGCUAUAAAUAUUAUUUAUUUUUAAUUUUUCAUGGCAACACAAAACAGUUGCCAUCUGUAUCUGAUAUGCUCUGGCCAUUGCUACGGCAACUGAAUGGAAAGCAAGCUAUGGGGGGCAAUCCCACGCAGAGAGAGCACACUCAAGGUCUUAAAAAGGUUUCGUGCCAUUUUCCAGCAUUCACUGAAUUCACAAAGUACUUUCUCUUUCUUCAUAAAGUAUACAUAGUACACAGAUUAAUUUUUUAGAUACCACCGCACACAUUUAAUGCAAUGAAAUAAUUUAAUAGCCCCACAAACAGAUGCAAUAUAGAAUCUGAGGGUACUUCCCUUGUGCCUCAACAAACAUAUUGUAAAUUAUAAUGUGCGCCAAAUGUAGAGAUGGAGGGCGUUAUGUUGAAGAGACAGGUCAGAAACUGCACAAAAGAAGGAUCCUGCAUCACCAUGCAACUAAUAACAAGAAAUCUGACACUUCUGUGGGCAAACAUUUCAACAACAGAGGCCACAGUCUUCAACAUAUGAAAGUAUCCAUAAAAAAAGUCAAUGUCAAAUCACAGACGUAAAUGUUUAAUGCCCUGGAUUCCUGCUUACAUAUAAGUAAUAACUGUGUUCAGUUUAAACUAACUGUACACCGGGGCCCAAUGGGGGUCAUCUAUGUUUCUUCGGAGAUCUAGGUUAUCAUAAUUGCCCUCAAUAUACAAAAUAUCUGGAGAUAGCAAGAUUGACCAAAAGGAAACGUCGUACAUCUCUGUAAAAUCACUGCAGAGACUGAUCACUUACUCACAAACAAACUGUUUCAUACUAAAGUUAUUUGUGUAUUUGUUUAUUUUUUUCCUGUAAAUCUUGAAUACAUAUGUCUGAAUUUCACCCAUCAAACAUGCCUGAUGAAGGGAUCUUGGAGUCGUAAAAACUUGCAAAAUAUUCCUCUUUCAUUACCCAAUAACAGUAGCACUUAAACAUAUUUUCCAUCUCUUAAAAGGAAAUACAAAUAUGCAUUCCUAAUGUUAUACUGUCCAUGGUACCAUUUAGGUGACUGCCCUCCACCCUCAUAGAAUGGUGCUCUCUCUGUGGCUUUCUUGAAUCUUGAUGAUCUCAGCCAAUUUAAUGUUUUCCCAUUAGGAAGCAAGUGCACAUGCACUAUCUGAAUGAGACCAUCUGACUACAUUUGUUUGAGUGCAGUGCUAAAAUGUACAUGUUUGUGUUCGCUUUUGUAACAGUCAUGUUACUGUGCUGCCACCCACCCCAUGUUUAACCUAUUAAGGUUGAGUUUGAGAAAGAAUACCCCUCUCUGUCUCAUUACAGAUUUUAAGUUUUUGCUGGAAGGUUUGCCUUGAUGUGGCAUUUUAUUGGUCAUUGGAGUGAUACAAAUAAACCAUCAGUUAUUUAAAGGAACACUAUAGGGUCAGGAACAUAAAUGUGUAUUCCUGGCCCUAUAGUGUUAAAAUAGCUAUUUAGCCACUCUUUCCCCUGUUGCCCCCUUAAAUAUAGUUAAAACUCACUUUAUUUCCAGUGUGUUAUUUGUGUUAUUUAAAUUUAGACUUAAGCUGUUCAAUGUGCAGAAAUGAGUUUGACUUGUUUAAUUUACAUAAUUUUCUUUUUUAGAGGUUUGUUUUUUUAGAAAUAUUUUAUUGAGUAUAGUAAUAUUAUAUAAUUAUUGUCAAUGAUUAAUCCAGAUGAGGACCCCUUGCUCAAUAUGCCUAAGAAGUAUCAUGUACAUCUCACUGAUGAGUCCCAAUGAAGGCAGAAACAAUCGUCUGAGGUUGUUGCAUUUCCUUGCAAAAGUAGCCUUCUGGCAUUUUAGAUGUGGGUUGCCCUUGUGGGUGGGAUCACUCUGAUAUGCAAAUUUAAAUAGUUCUCUCUAAAAUAGCACAAGUGAGCUAACAUUUGCAUACGUACUGAGAGGGGCUCAGUUAAGGACAAGCUGUUUGACCUGUUGUCUGUUUUCUUGUUUUUGCCAAACUAUAUAAUUCUAAGAUACACAGCAUGCAUAAAACAGAUCAUGGUGGCAAGGACGAGGUCACUAAAUUAGACAUUGUGGCUUUAUUUUACUGCAGAUCUCCAUAGCUUCACAAGGACUUGCUUGCAGGAAAGCCAAAGACCAACAGGCCUGACUGAAGAUAUGGGAGGUGAAGGACAGGCUUAUAUUCCAUAUAAUCUAGCCAAACUUUAUAUCUUCAAGGUAUACAUUUAAAAUUUACUUGUUAAUAUGUCAUCAUAAUUGGUGUCUAACAUGGUUUGUGAUGCAAUGGAAACCUUGACUGUAAACGUUAUAAAUAUACCAACUGAGUAUGCUUAUCAGGCUCUUUUUUCAAAAAGAAAAAAAUUGUAUUUUACAUAAAUAUGUACGUAACAAUUUAUAAAUGAUUGAUGUAAAGUUGUUUCUACUGUUCAAAUUGAGAUGUUCUUUUAUGAAGAGUCAGCAGACCUAGGAAUUGCAGUUUUAUCACAAAAUAUUAAAUUGUCACUUUUUGAAAUUAGCAAUAAAGUAUAUUCUUAACAAAAUUUAAUUUUCUGAAAGAGACAAACUUUGCAGGAAAAGUUUGUCCAUGUUCUCGCUGCUGAGUGGCUGGGAUGCAUGCUACUGCUGUAACCGUGUCUGUACAGGAUGCUUCAGGAAAGACACACUUCCGUUUUACACUGUCAAUACUGCAUUUAUAAAAUAGUAAACACUUAGCAGUUGAUUCACGAAGUAGAAAAUGUGAGAAUUAAUUAAGGUAACAUAACAUUUAGGGUAAAAUAGCAAAGCUGGAAAAAACAAGUUUAAGAGUUUAUCCAAUUUGGUUAUUUUUGCAACAUAAAAAAUGUAAUGAAUUUGUCCUCUUUAUAGUAAGAGUUUUAAAUGAGAAAAAAAAUACUGGAGUGUAAACUAGAAGUGUGUAUUUGACUUUUAUUUUCGUAUGUUUUUUUUUAAAGGUAGUGGAAGAUAUGCAACGAAUGAAAAUAAAACACAUGGAAGUUGUCAGAGAAAUUGAAGGCAGUGGAAGAUAUAGCCAGGUACAUCUAUCCAUAGUACAUAUAUCAUAUCCUAUUUUUUUUUUCUUCUGCUACCUUUUGUCUUAAUGUACAUUAUCAAUUUAGAUUGUAAGCUGUUGGGAUGUCCUGCAUAGCACUUUUUUUAUAAAGGCACUAUAAAUGUUAAACUUAAAUGGCAGAUUUAUCUACUCCUCUGCACUAUACCUAAAUAUGUCCUAAUUUAAUAUUUUUAGAUAAGCUUUCUUAUAUUUAUUGAACAGUUCCAACUAUACUAUGUGACAAACGAAAAUGCAUUUAUGGAUUUCUAAUCCCAAAAAAACCCACUGAUGGACUAUGUAUUAUAAAAUAUAAUAAAUCCCUGCAGAACAGAAUGCAACUCUCUUUACUGGAGUGUCUUCUUGUGGUGUGGAAAAUAUUGAGGCUGGAUUUGACCACAAUGUCAUAGUGGAUUUUAAUUUUAAAAUUUGCACAUGCAAGAAAGGAAACCACAGGGGAACUGCUGCCAUGAGUAUCCAUCUUCCAUCUCUCAAGGAUAACUUUAACAGAAUCUAGGCCACACUCCUUCCCUAGACAUGGUGUGGGUGAGUGUGGGGGACUAUACCAGGAAACCAGGACCACCAAGACAGACGGAGGGUUUUGUUUUCCACUGUAUUAUUUAACAUGGCCAUUUCACUCUCAAGAAAAAAAAGUGGAGUAAAAUUUUAGGUAGACAAUCAUUUUACACUUAAAAAACAGAUACAAAAAACAUAACAUGAAUCUUAGGUUCUUCACAGUAGUUUUCAAAGGAGACAUUUUCCAUUAUCACAAAUUUUUACCUAUUUAUGCUCUGCCGAUCUAAUGUUGAAACAAUUUUUUUGUGAUCUCUCACUAUGUACAUGUAAUCUAAUAACCACCGUUCAUUUUGCACAGUUUAGUGUGCUUUGUUUUUUUUGAGUUAUUUCAUGGUCAAUUGCAUUGGUUAACAUUGCUGACCAGUUUCUGUUUCCGCCUAAUGAAUAUCAAAAGUGGUAAUUAUAAACCAUACAUACUAUCACCUCAAACAAGAAAGGUUUGAAAAAUUGCGAUUGUUCAUAAUCCAUCUUUAUUAUUUGGGUAGCAUUUUUAUACUCUUUUGCACUAGUUUGUUGUGCAUUCUUUUCUUUUCUUGUAGUUCCAUACUAAAUUUCUUUUCUUGUAGUUCUAAAUAAGUAAACAUAGAAAUUGUACUUUGCUACCCUCCCAAGGUAGAGAGAUAGAUAUUACAAGCCUUUGUUCUUUAUUCGAUACUGUUGCGGGCAUGCUUAUGACUCCCAAGGCCUGUUCUUCAUUUUGUCUUCGGUGCAGGAGUUUUCCUGGACACGUAGGACAGUUUAUGCAGAGGUGUCUUUUUUUACCAUUGUAUAGGCAAAGACCCUCUUUUCUAUGACACUGCUUCUCUGCCUCAGUCAAUUUGUUGAAUCCUAACUGUUCCAUUAUGUCAGGAGUGGAUGUCUCUGGAAGACUAAGCAGCUAACUUGUUUUUUCUGUUUAUUCUUGACUGCUUGGCUCUGCCAUAAUCUGUUUCAGGAUCUUAGGUAAGAGUCCCUGCAUGUGUAAUAUAUACAUGUCUUUUGGAAUUAAAGAAACCAAGACAUAUACAAGGCACUUUAUUAAUAAAACAGGCAAAGUACAAUAGAAAACAUAUAUAAAUCAGCAUAUGUGCGCCCCAGUUCCCAAUUUCAAUAAAUAGUGAGUGGAAAACAUUUGUGGAGGGCCAGAGUUUUAUGUCUGAUUAUAACUCAAAUCAACACUGGGGAGCUUGAGGAGUACUAUGUUCAUUUAGGCCAUGAUGUGACUGUCUUUGUUUCAGCUCAGAAAUGGGAAAUAAUAAAACCAUCAACUGAUUGCCAUUAGUGAGUGGUGAGACAGUUUGUAUUCUGUAGUUUAAUGUUCCAAUAACUGUUAUUAGAGUGCAGAUUUCAACUGAUUUUCCAGCUAAAAUCUAAAGAUUAAAGUCCAUUGUGGCAAAACUUGCCCCCAAUCUUUAUAUUUUGAUACUUUGCUGUUUAUUAUGGUAGGUAAAAUAUUAUUUUAUAUAUAUGAGCACCAUUAAAUGUGAACAGCUGAAACCAUUUUCUUUACUUCUACAGGAACAAGCAAUUGAGAUAUGUAGAGAUCACUAUCGUAAUAAAAUGAAGAUUAUAAGGCUCAAGCUAGAUGCUUAUCAUGAUCUAAUGGACAAAAAAAUCAUCCAGUUUGAAAAUACAAUCAAGGUAAAAUAAAAUUAGUUACAUAAUUACAUAUUUUAUAAAUCCAUACAUGGUUUCAUAUGGUUUCAUAAACUGUUCACCUUCAUGUUUAUGACAAAUCAAAUGUUUUUUUCCUAAAGUCAGAGUUCAAUGUAAAUUUAAAAUUUAAGGCCAGAGACAACUUUUUCCUGCAAAAUUAUACUUUCUGAAUCACUUUUAGAACCUUCUAAAGGAACACAUUGAAACAUAGAAUGUGAUGGCAGAUAAGAACUAUUUGGCCCAUCUAGUAUGCUCAAUUUUCUUAAUACUUUCAUUAGUCUCUUAUAUCUAGGAUUGCCUUAUGCCUAUCUCACGCAUGCUUAAACUCCCUUACUGUCUUAACUGCUACCACUCCAGCUAGAAGGCUAUUCCUUGCAUUCAUUACCCUCUCAGUAAAGUAAUAUUUCCUCUAAUUUAAGACUUUGUCCUCUUGUUGUGGUAGCUUUUCUUCUUUUAAAUAUACUCUCCUCCUUUACUGUGUUGAUUCCCUUUAUAUAUUCAAACACUAUAGCGCUGUUAUAUACAUGAUGAAAUGAUGUCCAAAUCACUGAGUAUGUGACCCUUCUAGUAGUUGUCAGAGUAACAGCCACUAGUGGAAUUUAAACCCAGCAAUGUAACAACAAACAAUGUUAAAACAAGGGUGACACGGCUCACAGACCACUUAAUUGAGAGACAGUGGUCUGGGUGCCUAGAGUGUCUCUCUAAUUAAUAUAAAAACAUAUUAGGGAACAAAAAUAAGUAAGUAUACUUUUUGUCAUACAAACUAAAAUGUAUAUGUUUUUUUUUUCUUCCUAAAAGGAGGAUAUUUUCUCUACGGUGACUCGUAAAUUGAGAAGCACAUUCCAAAAUGUAGACCAACUUUGGAAUUGAAAAUUUUAAAAUUUAAAAUUUUUGAUAUUUUAAACUAAAUGUUGGAACUUAGUUGUCAAGAUGAUAAGUAUUAAUAUGAAGGGGCAAACAUUACAUUCCUGUGUAUAAAGUCUACAGGCUAAGGACACCCUCACAAAUAUCUUCUCUUGCCCUGCAUUUGUGGAAAUUAGUUAUUAAUAAAGUCACAAUUAACAUUAUUAAUAACCUUAUUUAUUAUGACUGGUAGUACAUUACUGACCAAAAACAUUAUAAUCAUAUACUGUAUUCUUGCAGGAUUUGGAAAAGGAAAACAAACAUUUGAUUCAAGAAAAAGAAUCCCUUAAUUUAAGAAUUAAUCAAUUAAAAGAACAAAUGAAGAAUGAAAAGGUACUUUGAUUGUUUUGGAUGCCUUAUUUCACAGAGUUGUGCAAAUACAUUUAUAAUGUAUGCAAUACUUUUACUCUGACAAAUUAUGCUAUAUCAAAAGCACUAAUUAUCACUUUAACAUUUGCAAUAGUGCACUAUAUAUGUGUUUGUGUAUUUUAGGAUGCACUACCUUGUAAUAUUUGAGGUAAGUGUUUCUAGCUUAUAGCCCUCUGCCAUAACUGGGGUGGGUGUAUAUACCACAAAGUUAAGUUUUUUUUAUUGGUUUAGUAAUAUUGUGUAAUGGUGGGAGGUAUUUAGACAUAGGUGGUAGCAGCUGUUUUGACUCAAUAUUUGGAUUUUUGCACUUUUUAAACGCCUGUUGCACAAAUACACACUUAUAUCCAAUGAAUACCAGACAAUGGAAAGGAAAUGCUUCCAUUGGUGAGAGAGAAUAUCACCCACUGAUCUCAACUGGCUACACAUAUGAGAAAAUUGUGACUUAGGAUAUGGGGACAUUUUAUGCUUUGAAAUAAAAACUCUAUAUUUUAAAAAUAAAAAGGCAGACUUUUGCCUGCAGUGCAUAUCCAUUUUGCCUGCAGUGUACCAUAUAGCAAAGGUUGAACUAGAAAUGGGAGCCCUUUUAGUAGGUCUCCAGUUGUAGGAACAACUACAUCAUAUUUAUCAAGUCUCAAAUAUCUGCACACAAUACAUUGUUUACUGGCAGCAUUGCUUCUCGUGUGCAGUGACCCUUUGAUGUUGGAAAGAGAGUAAUAAAACUGCUCAUUAUAAUACGCAUGAAGAGUGGGUCUCAGGCAUAAUUUCCUAGCUGGAGAAUGGGUCAUCAAACCAAUGCCGGGUUACAUCAUUUUUUGACUGUGAUAAAAUAAGUUGUCUAGGCUAGAGUAAGGAUCUUAAUGACAGUACAAUACUGACACCAAGUGGAGAUUUUAGUAAGAGUAUCUGUUUGAAAUAGUGAGCUUACUUUGGUGUACUUUUAUAUAAAUAAUAAUUAUAUAAAUAAUAAACUUUUACUAUAUGCACAUCAUAGAAUACUUUUUCAACAUUUUCAUUUUCAUUAUUAUCGAUUUAUUAUUGUUAAAAUUUAUUAUUUGAAAUGAAUUAUGGCAAAUAUUAAAAAUCUUGAGCUAAUGUCCAUCUAAUAAUCUAAAAUUGUACAGAACUGUAUAGACACCUUAGCAUUCAGGAGAGGAUUGUAAGAAAUUAAUCAGUUUUUGAUCAUUGUACUAGAAAACAGGCUGGAUGUACCCUGCAUGCUUAGUGAUGGCAAGCAAUAUUGCUCUGAAAACACACAACAGCUGGGCAAGUAAGAGGACAAGCUAGACUGAAGACACAUUUAGGAAAAGGACAUGGGCGGGGGAAAUAUUAAUGGAAAGAAACUGGACUAGGGAGCCAUUUAGUUAAAGGAAUUAGACUGGGGAGACAUUUAGGGAAAGGACAUAGAGGCUGUUAAGAUAUUUAGCAAACAUAGAAAGACUUGGAGACAUUUUGGAGAGAGGCACAGUGAAGAGACAUUUAGAAAAAUAAAGUGACACAUAGACUUGUCCAUGUUUUUUUUUUUGGUGCCCCCAAAAAUAUUUGAGUGACUAUUUUGCUUGCUAUUUUGCUAACUUCUCCCCGUCACAAACAUAACACUUCUAAGCACACACAUUUUCGAUGUAAACCACUCCUUUUCUUUGGGCUCCCAAUUUCACCAGGUAACAUGUCACCACUUCCUACAGUGCCAGUUUUGCCCCCAAAAAGCUCAUCAGUGGCAUCUCUGUCCCCAUACAGCUUCCCAGUGCAUUCUUGAUCCCAAAAUAUCUUUGUCCCUAUGUUAUCAGUGCUACCUGGGUGUCCAUAAAGCUUAAUAAUGCAAUUUUUGCGCCCAAAUAGCUAAUCAGUGCCAUCGUUGUCCCAAGAUUGCUAAUCAGUGUCAUUUAUUUUAUCAAACAGUCUACCAUCUUGUCUUCAUAUAGCUUUGCGGCUAGUAGGGAUUUUAUAUGAAGUGUAUGGAAGCUGUCACUGUACAACUUAUGUCACCAUUCUCUUUUGACUCUAUCCCAUCAACAGGGGCGUUGCAAUGUGGACAUAUAUAUAUAUAUAUAUGUAUAUAUAUAUAUAAAAUACAAAAUACAGAAUCCAGCGCUGGAUUCUGUAUUUUGUAUAUUUUGGCCCCAGCAGCACCCUAUAAUGUAUGCAUGUUUAGGUGAGUGCAGCCCUCUUGGUUUUGUUUAUAUAUAAAAUACCAAAUGCUCCUGCACUCACGCUUACACUGCCCUUGGUGUCCGGGUGCUAGCAAUAAAUGGCCAUCCAUCCAUAUUUCCACAUAGGUAACUGCACUCACGGUAAAUAAAAAGUCAAAAUUUAUUGUAAAUGGGUUAAAAAACCAGCGAUCAACGUUUCAGUCCUUUAAGGACUUUCCUCAGGAUCAAAUAAUAUUAUUUGAUCCUGAGGAAAGUCCUUAAAGGACUGAAACGUUGAUCGCUGGUUUUUUAACCCAUUUACAAUAAAUUUUGACUUUUUAUUAACAUGAAGGGGCAAACAUUACAUAAUAUUAUUUGAUCCUGAGGAAAGUCCUUAAAGGACUGAAACGUUGAUCGCUGUUUUUUUAACCCAUUUACAAUAAAUUUUGACUUUUUAUUUGCGUGCAGCUACCUAUGUGGAUAUAUAUGUAUGUAUGUAUGUAUGUAUAUAUUUCCUGGCCAUAUAAAUGGCAGCACAACAUUGGGUAGCUCCUCCCUAUCCCCAAUUGGACAGGAUUAAUAAUUGAAAGGUAUAAGCACCACCUCCUACCCCUCCUUUCCCAGUCUUUUUUUCCUGUCCUAUCCCCAGGAAAUGUUGGUCAUAAGACCAUGUAAAGUUUUCUUUUAUGGCUUACCUGAGGAUUAGUUCCUCUAACCCCUUGGGAGUUCACCCUCUCACCCCUGGGAAGUCUCCAGCAUACGGCCCUGCGCAAAGGUGUCCCCCUUUAGUGACCGGGGGUUUUUCUGUCAACUUGCAGUGACCCUAGGGGUAGCAAGUGUGAUUUAUGUAUCUAUAUAUGGAAUUUACCCUUUAUCCUGGAAAGAGGAAACCCUUGGAAUAUUAAGAGUAAAAGAUGUCAGCAUUACCUGAGAGCCCUCUUGAAGGGGAGUGAUUGCACUAGUCAGAGAGCUGCAGAUUGUUUCACAUCGCAGUGUAACAACGUGGUUUUAGCGUUCGGAUGUUUUGGCGCGCAUGCUAUUUACCAUUAUUUAGACGACAUCCUGAUCGUAGGAGACGACAGGGAUACAUUGGCCUCCCAAGCUAUCACUAGCAUCCAGUUUUUACAAGCACACGGCUGGAAAAUCAACUCCAAGAAGAGUCACAUCCAUCCAACUCAAUCUAUGGUAUACUUAGGGGCCCACUUCAACACGCUGAUGGACACCGUUCAACUUUCUCAGGCAAGGAUUGUGAAGCUCAAAAAGCAACUGAAAAAUAUACUAAUAUCCAGAGUUGUUCCUGCAAAGACGGCAAUGAGUCUGCUCGAAUCUAUGUCUUCCACAAUAGGUCUAGCCAGGUGGGCGCAGUGGAGAAUGAGACCGUUCCAAGCCAAUUUCCUGCUACAAUUUUCCUCCCAGAAUCUUCUCCAACCCAUCAAGAUUCCCCUCUCUAUACGCCAUACUCUGAUCUGGUGGCUGAACAGGAAGCACCUAUCCAAGGGUAACAGUAACGACAGAUGCCAGCCAAUGGGGAUGGGGUGCUCAUUGUCUCCACAACUUUGCACAAGAGGAAUGGGGAUUCACGACAAGCAACGUGCACUCCAAUUUACCAGAGCUCCUGGCAGUUCUCAAGGCUCUGAAACAUUUCUCGGCACAUCUCAGGCAACGGUGGGUAAAGAUAAGAACAGACAACACAACAGUGGUCUCCUAUAUCAACCAGGAGUGGCAAGAUGAUGGAGAUUAUGAAACAUCUGAUGUUAUGGGUCCAAAGAAACCUGGCAGGUCUUACAGCCAUUCACUUACCCGAGGCAUGGAAUCAACUGGCAGAUUACCUCAACAGAUCUAGGAUAGACCCGGGGGAAUGGUGCUUAUCAAACAAGGUGUUCCACGCUAUCAUAAGAAAGUGGGGUCUCCCUCAAGUGGAUCUUCUGGCCACUCGAGACAACAGGAAAGUGAGGAAUUUCUUUACGAAAGAGAACGACCAUCUAUCCCUGGGAAGAGAUGCUCUAUCCAGUCCUUGGAGAUUCAACACGGGAUAUGCAUUCCCUCCAUUUCCACUGAUCUUCCCAAUCCUGAGGAGAAUGAGAACAGAGCAUCUCAUCUUGAUAGCACCCUGUUGGCCUCGAAGACCUUGGUUUCCCCUCCUCCAAAGUCUUUGUGUGGAACCCCCGCUUCGGCUCCCGGACCUACUAUCUCAAGGCCCAGUUUUGCAUCCAGACCCAUCAUCCAUCAAUCUCAUGGCAUGGAAACUGAGAGGGAAGAGCUUACGAGUAAAGGAUACUAUGCUGAAGGCAAGAAAACAUUCCACUUCAGCCACCUACUAUAGAGUGUGGGAUGUUUUCUCCACCUGGGCUAUUGCUAAAAGCAUCGAUGUACAGAAUCCCUCUACCACGGAUAUUCUGGAGUUCCUACAGUCUGGACUUGAUAAGGGCUUAAGUUAUAAUACCUUGAAGGUACACGUCUCAGCAUUAUCCGCCUUAACUAAUCACAGGUGGGCCUUCAAUGCAGAUGUCAUCAGAUUCAUCAAUGACAAUUAAGCCAUUUGUCCCAUCUUGGAAUCUACCUUUAGUUCUCAGUGCUUUGAAAGCAGAGCCUUUUGAACCUUUCGAGUUAAUUCCGCUACAUUUUCUCUCCAUCAAAACGGCUUUGUUAACUGCCUUGGCUUCAGGGAGGAAGGUAUCGGAACUUCAUGCCCUAUCCAUCGAUGAACUCUUCACGGUCUUUCACAAGGACAGAGUCAUUCUUCGUACGGUGCCGGAGUUCAGACCGAAGGUCACCUCCGCUUUCCAUAUCAAGACAUUUUGUUUCCGUCUCUGAUGUCUGAAUUUGAGGAUGAAGAGGGUAAGGCAGACCUCUCUUCAUUAGACCUAGUGAGAUGUCUUCGGAUAUAUAUUGAAAGGACCGCUGCCUGGCGCUCUUCCUAGAGUCUCUUUGUCCUUCAUAGCGGUUGUAAAAAGGGUAUGCAGGCUCUAAAAACAACAAUUAGCAGAUGGAUAGUUGUGGCCAUCAUACAAUCCUAUCAAUCCUCAGAAUGUCCGGUUCCAGAGGGCCUCAAAGCCCAUUCUACUAGAGCCCUCUCAUCCUCUUGGGCAGCCGCAGCCGGAGUCUCUCCUGAGCUCAUUUGUAAGGCAGCAACUUGGUCUUCAACUAAUACGUUCAUCAGGAGUUAUCAGAUUGAUGGCAGAGCAGGACAAUCAGAUCAAUUUGCAAAAUCUGUCCUUUCAGUUAAAAAUAUGUGGUUUUUUUUUCUCCUUAUUUGUAACUUGAUUGUAGUGCUAAUACACUUUGCAUUUAAAAUUUCUGGAGUCGGUGUCUUCUUCCCUCCCUGGGUUAUUGCUUGGGUAUCACCCAAUGUUGUGCUGCCAUGGAUAUGGCCAGGAAAAGGGAAAAUUUAUUCAUACUUACUGUAAUUUUCUUUUUCUGGUCAUAGGCCAUGGCAGCACCCCACUUGGGGAUAUUGGUGGUAACAAGACUGGGGAAGGAGGGGUAGGAGAUGGUACUUAUACCUUUCAAUUAUUAAUCCUGUCCAAUUGGGGAUAGGGAGGAGCUACCCAAUGUUGUGCUGCCAUGGCCUAGGCAUCGGAGCUAUGCUGGAGAUGCAAAACACAGAUAGGCACUAUGCUACACACAUUUUGGGAUUGUCCGGCCCUGGGAGAAUACUAGGACCGGGUGGGGAAAUUUAUCUCUGAUAACAUAAUCUAUAGAAUACCAAAGAAGCCAACCAGCUACCUUCUGCAUAUCAUCCCCGGGCUGAUACACCACCCCAUCCACAAAGUAUUGCUCAUCAUUCUCACGGUAGCUAAGAGCACGACAAUUCCCUCGUUAGAUACUCUCAUACAGAGAUUGAAUACGAUAAGUAUUUAUGAGAGAAUGGUUAGCAAAACACAGGGUUGUAUAGGUAGGUAUGUGAGAGAUUGGGAAUGCUGGACCACAAAUAUUGGAAAGGACAGCAACGCUAACAAUGAGGAAACUGAUAGGAAUAAAUAGCUUAUAGGGCACCACUUUUGUGUGACUUGAAUGUCGAGCCAGACUCUAGGGUUCUAGGGCCAGGGUAUGUGUCACAAGAACUGUUGCAUAAGCGAUAUCAAUGUGAACCUAAUCCCCUCUUUUUUUUUCCUUUCUGUAUUCCCCUCCCUCUAUGUUAUCUUUCUAUGGUUUUCUUAUGUUUUAAUUAAGCUAAUAAGGCUACAAUUACCGGAGGACAACAGCAUAAUACGUUUAAGCAAAGCAUUGUUGUCAAUCUAGGAAAAAUAGUUGUAACUUGUCGUAUAGCAAUUGUUUACUCUGUUAUAUGAAAAUGUUACAGUUGUGAUAUUAUAUGCAUUGAUAACAUUCUCUAAUAAAAAUUAUAUAUGGAAAAAAAAAAAAAUUAACCACGUGCAUAUAGAUAUGGGUCACUUUGUACUGACUUGUUUAGUUAGUUUAAUCAGUUAACAUUAAACAGAUGUUGCAACAGGGACAUUAAUUGGACAAAUGAUGCAUAAAUGCUGCUGUUAUGCUAAUAAUCAGUGCAUCUACAUGAGGACAGAGGCAGUAAGUACUAAAUGAGACGUACAGAGACUUUAAAUUAAAACGUGCAUAUACAGAAUAGCCAGUAUACAGAUAUCCUAUGUCCCCGAUGAUCUUUAGUGUUUCCUGUAGUGCAACUACUUUAAUCAGUAUGUAUAUAACAAUGGUGUAUCUUUGUUAUUCACACAAUGGUAGGUUAGACAAAAUACAACCAAGCUCUUCCUGUAACAAAAUACGAAAAAAACAUCAGUGAUCAAUGUCAAGGGUUUAUCUUUUAAAUGUAAAGUUAGGCGUUGGGAAAUAAGAAUUAUCUAUUAGCCUUAGGUGUUGAGGCUACAGGUUAUGAUUAUUGUCAGUGGUAAUUGUUUAUGGCUGUGUUAAUGUUUUUAAUUACAUCUACACAGUGUAUUUUUAGUUAGGAGCAGAUAUUAGAGUUGAUCUUUAAAGUUAAGAACAGUUUGGGUUUUGCCUUCAGAUUAAAACUAGGUUUAGGCGGCAGUGGUGAAAAUGUUAAAAAAAAAAGUUACUCAGUUCAGCUAUGGAUUAAUAUAGUUCCAUGUAAAAAUAAUAGUAUGAUACAGCCUUGACCUCCCCACACAUACUUUAAAUAGAGAACCAUUCAUUAACCCCUUAAAGACUGAGCCAAAUAUACACGUUGUGAUCAAAAUAAAACGUAAACAAAACCUGGAAUUUGCGCUAUAUGUCUGUCCAACCGUAAUUCACCUCUUUCAUAUUAAAUGCACCCACACUUAUUAUAUAUCAUUUUAUUCAGGGUAAACAGGGCUUUCUUUUAACAUAAACCAUUUAGCUAUGAAACAUAAUUUAAUAUGAAUAAAUUAUAAAACAAAUGGGAGUAAAAAAUAAUUCUUAUUUUGUUGUUCUACGUGACAUUUUAACUGUGAAUGUCAUAAUACUGUUUGCUUUUACUGCAAUAAAAUACACAUAUUUGUAUUCAGCGAUGCCUCAUGUGUAAAACAGGUUUUAUGGUGUUUUGGGAAGUUACAGGGUCAAAUGUAGCAUGUUGCAUUUUUCUGUUUUUUCACAUUGAAAUUCACCAGAUUAGUUACGUUGCCUUUGAGAGUGUAUUUUAGCCCAGGAAUGAUAAUUACCCCCAUGAUCGCAUACCAUUUGCAAUAGUAGACAACCCAAGGUAUUGCAAAUGGGGUAUGUCCAGUCUUUUUUAGUAGCCACUUGGUCACAAACACUAGCCAAAGUUAGCGUUAAUAUUUGUUUGUGUGUGAAAAAUGCAAAAAACUCAUUUGAAAACUCAUUUGAAUUUUGGCCAGUGUUUGUGACUAAGCGGCUACAUCAUUUUCACUGACGAUAUCAUCGUUGUAAUACAUUUUACUCUUUUGAAACACUAAUAUUUUGAAACACUGUCCAGAGUUAGCAUUUAAAUUUUUUUUUGCAUUUUUAACACACAAACAAAUAUAAAUGCUAACUUUGGCCAGUGUUUGUGACUAAGUGGCUACUAAAAAAGACUGGACAUACCCCAUAUUGAAUACCUGGGGGUUGUCUAUUUUAAAAAAAAGUAUGUAGAUGUGAGUUGUGAUUCAGAGAUUUAGGUCAGAUAACAGUUACAAUGUCACUAUUGAUACAUUUUAAAAAUAUAUAUUUUGAAACCGCAAUUUCCUAUUUGUACUUAUAGACUUAUAACUUGCAAAAAAAAGCACAUAAACGCUGGGUGUUUUUAAACUCAGGACAACAUUUGGAAUCUAUUUAGCAGUUUUUUUUAUUAGCUUUUGUAGAUAAGUAAAAGAUUUUUCAAAUAAAAGUUAAAAAACAUGUUUUGUUUUCAAUUUUUUGCCAUAUUUUAUUAUUUUUUUAAAAGUACAUUACAAGAUAUUAUACAAAUAACGGUAUGUAAAGAAAGCCCCCUUUGUCCUGAAAAAAACCAAUAUAUAACACAAACACCACAAAAGUGUUAAAAAAACAGCCCUGGUCCUUAAUAUACAACAUGGCCAAAACAGUCCGGUCCUGAAGGGGUUAAAGAUACUUUAUUUAGUUGUUUUUAUUUUAAAAAACAUUGCUAAACAUUUUACAUACAAUAUAUAAAUAAUAAAGUAUUUCAACAAUGUAUACCAUCAGAUACUGCAGAAUUUAUGUAUCACCAUCAUCUCUGCAUACAUAAUACAAACAUACAAAGAAUACAAAUUUGAGAACAAAUUUUUGUGUAUAAUAGUUUACAGUGUCAUCCUAUUAAACUGUCUCAAUUUUCUGACAUCCCCAAUAGUCCAGUAACCCCCAUUAAAAAAACAAAACAAUUAGAGCUAGAGAUAUAAUGUCAUGCCUAUCAACACUGGUGAGAUAGCUCAGUGGGACAAUGCAUCAUCAGUAGAAUCUGUUCAACCCUCCCGACUGGGUUGACUCAGCCCUUCAUUCUUCUGAGGUAGGUAAAAUGAGUACCAUUAAAUUGGGUAAUAAUAACAACCCCUGGAUGUUGGGCUAAGGUAACAUCCCCAAGACGUACUUGAAAACCAGAGUAAUCUGAAUGUACCUUUCCUGGUUAAAUAUUUUGUUAUUAUUAUAUAAUACAAGCAUAAUCUAUAUUUAAUCACUAAUUCCACCUUGUUUAGCUGGCAGAAUUAAAGCAAAACAUUGAGGCAAUGCCCCUUUCCAUUUCACAUUGCCAUUUUAUUGAUUCUAAUAUCUGUGGCCAUGUGUCUAUAGAUGGCUUUUUCCAAUUUCUGUUCAAAUACAUUUUAAAGGCCAUCAGAGCAUGAAUCAAAAGAUGUUUUCUUUUUCCUUUGGCAAUUUAGGUAAAUUCAAAUGUAGCAAUAGUAAAUUCAAAUGUAGCAAUGCCAUCUCUGGGGACCAUGAUUGUGUCAGAUGUAAUAGGUUAUUAAUUUUCGAUUGUUAUAUUCCCCAGCCGUUUUUAAUGUUAGGGUACAGUCACAAUAUAUGCAUUUCAUCUGCCUUGUCUAAACCACAUCGCCAGCAUUUUUGAGUGUCUGCUAGUGAGAAUUUUGCCAUUUUUUCUUUGGUCAGAUACCACCUGUUCAUGAACUUAAAGUGUGCCUCCAUAAUGUUCAAACAGUGAAUGGAGGAGUACACCGACUGUAACGCACUGUUCCAUUCCUUCAGUUCUAUAUUAACUUGGAGAUAUUUUCCCCAUCUUGCUUUCCCGUCAUUUUAAAUUAUCUCAUUUUAUCUAAAUAUUGGUAUUGUUAGAUUCCUAAAUUUGAAAUUAGCCUGAAGGGAACUUUUAAUUCUAGUAUGGAUAAAAUGUUGUUCAUUCGGAAGUCCAUAUAUUUGUUGAAUUUGUUGAAAAUACAUUAAAUUGGACUUUUUCACAAGAUCAGACAUAUAUGUAAUACCAUGACUUAGCCAGACUCUUAUAUAAAAUUCUUAAAGAUCUUAUUUAUGGUCUUAAGCCACUAAAGGGACGUGGUUAUUGGAAUCAUUCUUAAAAUAUAUAUGAUCUUGGGAAGUAUAAAAGCUUUUACCGUAUUGGCUCUGCCCCACCAAGAUAUCUCUAGCGUGAUCCAUUGUUUUAAAAGAUUAAACGAUUGCUUAUUUCUUUAACCAAAUGAAUUAAAUUACCCUUAACUGUGUUUAAAGGGUUAUAUGGUGUGUAUAUAUAUAUAUAUAUAUAUAUAUAUAUAUAUCCCCCAAAAUAUUUAUAGGCUUUUUUUUCCCAAAUAAAAUCAUAUUUAUCAUCAAGUAACUUGUGAUUUCUGUCAAUAAGGUACAUUGGGAGAGCCACUCUUUUUUGGACAUUCAGUUUAUAAUUGGAGAAAAGGCUGUACUUAUGUAUUUCAGACUUUAAAUCAAAAACAGAGGGGUAGGGAGUGACCAAGUUUAAUAAAGUAUCAUCCGCAUACUGGAUAAUUUUAAGUUCCUUAUAAUUAAUUUCAAAACCUCUUAUUUUCCUCUUUGAUCUAAUCUCAGCAUCAAGGGGCUCCAAUACCAGGAUAUAUAGAAAAGAUGAAAGGGGGCAAUCCUGACGGGUACCAUUUGAAAUAUCGAACCAUUCUGACUUAAUACCUCCACCUACUACUCUGCUUGAAGGUCCUGAAUAAAGCACCAUAAUUGCUGAGAAGAUGUUUCUAGAAAAAACAAUUGCUAUUAGAGUUUCUCUCAUAAAUACCCAGUUUACUCAGUCAAAAGCUUUCUCCCCAUCCAAAGCCAGAGAAAGGAAGGGCGUUUUAGAUGCAUGAAUUUUCUCAUAUAUUUUUAAAAGCUUUCUAAUAUGGUUAGAGGCAGAUCUUCCCGAAAUAAUAUUUUAUAAUAUUUAAGAUAUUGAAGAGCUUCUAUAUGCAAGGAACCUGUAAAAUAAAAUGGAGGCAAUCCUCUGUCUUUCAACAGGUUUUUCAUUUAUUCUAGAGAAUGGAACUCGAAGUGAUUCUGAAAUGUCAGAGCAGCUGAAAGAGCAGAAGCACAACGUAGUACAAUACACAUUCUGGUUUGAGUCUAUUUAAAUAAUAUUAAUAAUAUCACCAUUUAAUAUGACUGUUUAAGCUUUAUGUACAAUAAUAUUUUAGUGAAAUAAAGAUCACGUUCCUUAAUGUAGUGUAUGGUAAAAAAUAUUUUGCUACUGUUUGUGUACAUAAUGUAUUAUCAUUAUUUAAUUAGUAAAUGAUGAUUAUGUGUACAGACUUUUGCUUGAAUUUUUAUACUAAUGCUGUAUUUUAUGUUUCCAGAUUCUAAAAGAGAAUUCAAAAAGUUUAAUUCAGAUGACUGAACAGGAGAGAGGAUACAGUACGUUGGAAAAAGUUAAAAAAUUAAUGCAUGACAAAGAAAAUAAUAUAGCGGAAAUUGUCUGUGAAAAAGCAGAUUUAUAUGUUACCUCUAAGUCAGAAAUUACUCUCUGCAAACUACUCAAAGCUGUUACCGAAAAGGUAUUAUUACUUAAACAGUCAAUCUCAUGUUUCAAGAUUAUUAGCUGGAAAGGCAAACCAACCAAUAACAAUGAAUCUGCACGCUUGACUGAUUUGAGAAAUGUAAAUGCGAUCGAAAAAGGCAUUUGAUGGGGAAACAUGUAUAACAGUGUUUUAAAAUGUGCUAGUUUUCUGUGUUCAUUUACCUAUGUAGUCUUUCAAAUUAUUUUACAGUCUGGUGAUGCAUUCUUACAUUUUCCAGCAGGCAAAGACAGAUAGCAUUGAGUUCUAGUUACUAUAUUACUCAAAUAUCCUUUGUUCUAAUCCUUGUUCAAGUGUCUUGCCUUUCACCUUCCCAUGUUCCACUGAUGUCUCUCCUGGUUGCCUUAUCAUUUACUUGAGUAUAAUUUAUGAACAUUUGUUGCCUUACCUGACCUUUUUGCUCUGGAUACCGAUUCUCAACCUUCACUGCCUGCCAUGAUCGUAGGCUAAAUUUACUUCCUCUGCCUACUGCCUUAUACUUAUUGGUAUCCAUCCCAACCCGUGUUCUGCAGCUCUUUACCCAGGUGUCUACCUCAAACUUUUAUAUUACCAAAAUUCCAUGCUGAAAGGAGUUCACGCUUGUUAAAAGUUUGUUAAGAAAGUUUUGAUGGUCAACAUUGGGCCCAUACAGAUUCAUUAAUGUGUAUAUCUAGUUGUUUACAGUGUAGAGUAGCACACUAUAUCUACAUUUGUGUAGUAAGAAGACUAUGUGUCUAUUAAAAAGUACUGAUACUCCCCUUGCUUCAGCCUUGUAAGUUGCAUGGCAUUGGAAAGGGUAUUUAGCUGUUUGGAGCAAUGGAUGUGAUCCAUGUCUGAAGUGUGUCUCUUAUAGACAGUCUGUAUUGGCUUUGGAAUAUUUAAGUUCCCUAUAUAAUUAAUGUCAUUUAAUACGUAUAUUUAACCCCUGUACAUUGUGUGUUUAUAUUUUAAUAACAAAUCAGAAGAGAGUAUCGCUAUGCCUCCACUUGUGAGAUUCUAUCACCCAAUUCUUGUAAGUCAUUUCAUAUGUCUCCUAUUGACAUAUGCAGUUUGGUCAGUAAUUUGGCCAACAUUCUGCCCAGUAAGUUCUGAAAACUUAUUUUUUUGUGUUAUUUUAUACAAAUUCACUUGCAUUUUUUUUUACCAAAUCUAUUUUCAAAAAACACAACUAAUUAAACAUUUCUAUUGCAGUCCUAUGUAUAAACAUAAUGAGUUUAUUUUGUAAUAAAACCCUUUCUCGCAAUCAAAUUUCCAAUACAUAUGUACUUUUUACGUUGCUCAUAUGGUUUAAUGCAAACUGCUCUACCAAUUGGUCAAACUAUAAGUUAAAUUGCAUGUCAUUGUUACCAUUUAUUGUUUUUUUUUUAUUAAUUAUAUAUUUUUAUUUAUUUAAGCACAUAUAAGCUUGUUUGACAAAGUGAGUUUUUUUUCUAGGCUAACUUGCUGUAUACAGAAGUGCAAGGAGUAGAGCCCUUUGUUAAAAAGCUUUUAUUGAAAAAUCAUAUGGAAAGAGAUCAAUGUAAGAAACUUAUCAAUAAAAUUAAAGAUGACAAAUUAUCACAUGACACAAUUUUUGACACUGAGCUGUUGGACUACGAAAGGUAAGGAAAAAAAACCAUGCCAAAUUAUUUUUAGGCUUAAUAAUUUUGGCUUAAUUUAAUCAUUCUGAUUUUAGAUCAUUGCAGUUUGGAGUUUACUUAAUAAGUCAAAAGUUUGAGUACACUUCUCCUCCUCUCCACCGACGAGGAGAAUGUUUUCAACCGCGUGGAUUGGUCCUUCCUCGUGGCAACGCUACACAGAUUUGGAUUCAGGGAUAAGUGGAUGCACUGGAUAGGAGCUUCCCUGAAUGCAAGAGUCCGGGUGAAUGGAGCCCUGACGGACAGAUUCCCAAUUCAGAAUGGAACACAGCAGUUGACCUCUCGGACCUAUAUCAGAAAAAUGUCAUACCCUUACUGCAUAAGAUACAACAAGACCUUGGGAAAUGGAACUACCCACACAUCUCCUGGCUCAGACGCAUAGCGGUAAUUAAAAUGAACAUCCUGCCGAGACUCCUUUACCUCUUCCAGAUAAUACCACAAGCCUUACCCAUGUCAUUCUUCACCUCCCUCCGCACAUCAGUACUGAAAUAUGUAUGGAUAAACAGAAAACCCAGAAUACGAAAGAAAUACUAUGCCUACCGAGACAGAGGGGAGGCUUAGCACUCCCAGACUUCCACAGAUACCACCAAGCAGCAGCGCUCCAGAGAACACUGGAAUGGCACACAGCUCCACAACAAAACCUAUGGACAACACUGGACAGAGACAGUAUGGAACACUCCUUGAAAGCCACUAUAUGGAAUACUAAAAAACUACACGUGGAUAGAAAUACCCAAACAUGCUCAGCUGCCCAAACUCUGAAAAUCUGGGAAGCGGUCCGAGGACCCCCCCAAGUAUCCCCAAAACCCAGCCCGAUGAUACAGGUGACAAACAAUCCUCUCAUAGGGUGGGGUAUACCACAACCAGAUUGGGACAUUUGGAGGGAAGGAGACGACACCCCCAUCCACAGAGCACUUCAAGCCACAGGUAUAUGCCCACUUACUGAACUACUGGAAGGCAAGGCACCGACACCGCUGAAAAAUUUCAGAUACUCCCAACUCAGACACUUCUACCAUUCGAUUCCCAACAAAGCCGCCAUCCAUAGGGAACUAACCUGGUUCGAAGGCUUAUGUAAUGAUAAGACCACCCUAGAGAAAGCAAUCUCAUCGCUAUACCAACACCUCCUCACCGGCCACCUAGAGAACAAUCACACCUUCAAACGAUCACACCUUCAAACGAUCCAAAUGAUUAGAGAAAACAAUAUCGGACCCCUUAUGGGAGAAAAACCUGAUACUAGUACACAAAAGCUUGGUGAGCACAAGGUACCGUGGGGGGCACUGAAGCCAGCCAGGGUGACCAAACAUGAAUACUUGACUGCCUGAAUUCCAUACUACCCCACUUCCCACUCGGACCUUCCAAUCUUACUUAACAUAAGAUCCCACCCUCUCUCCAUUCACUCUUCUAAUCCCUUCAACGCACAACAUACUGAAGACCCAUGACUUUAGUUUAAUGACAAUCAGACAUAACCUGAAGUGACCCCCACGUGAAAUGAGAGAUGCAAAAAAAUAAAUAGUCACCACUACAAAUGCUGGAGACACACCACACCAUAGAAGCUAAAUCCAAACCGACAUAGGUGGGAAAGGAACUAAUUGACACACACAAACACCCGCUGACUAAUGACAAUAACAUGAGCCACACAUAGAGAACCUCCCGCACCCACUCGAAAACACAACAAACAAGGUUACCAACAACAAACUCAUGUAAAUAGACACACCGCUGCCCUGACACAACAACAAACCCUUCCAUCCUAACUACAACUUAGCAAUCACAUUGCCAGUCACGUGAGAAACCACUCUACAUAUCCAGCUACACUACGAGCCAGCAACUAUGAGAAUCACACACCAGCAGUAACUGCAAUGUAAAUAAGCUGCACCUAAAUGCACACGCUCUCAUGAAGCUAGGAAACGACAAUGAGGAACCAGACGACUCCCCCUCCCCUUCACACCGAAAAGGACCAAUCCUCCUACUGAGUAAUACAUUAAGCGUACCCCGCGACCGGGUAACACGCUAGCAUAGUUCUUGGAGUAUGAACGAACUAUACACGCCAAGCACUGACAACCAAGUUAGACAUCAAAACCCACAGGUUGAUACGACCUACCACUUCAUAUGUCCACUGACUAAUUGUUUACUACAUGUCGAUGCUUCUUCGUAAUGUUUAUACAUGGUUAUGGGACCUGCGAGUCUCAUAUUCGCUGUUAUAGCACCGUUAAACUAUUGUGCCUAUAAUUCUUUGCUACAAUAAAGUCUUGAUCGAAAAGAAAAAAACGGACCAAAAUAAACCUAAGCCAAUCAGAAUCCUCAUUCCGGUGUGCACACCUAGUCUCAGACAUUUCUGAUGUCAAAAAGGAAUUGGACUCGCUACUUGCACUAUACCCACUGCAAAAAGCGUUUAAAAGGGACAUACAAAACAGAACAUGGGGAUGAUGGGAGAUUGGCUGCAAUGAUCAGCAUUAUCACUAGGUGUCAGUAUACGUUUUACACACAUACAUGAUAAUGACUCAGUUGUAACUCAAAUUGUUUUUUGCAAUGAUUGAUACUAAGUUGCAAAAAGUAUUUUCAAAUGUUUAACUGUUCACUUGCUGACAUAUAUACAGUUGUAUAAUGGAAUCAUAGUAAAGUAUAUAGAAAUAAUUGAAGAAAUACUCAAUAUAGCUGUUACUUAUUGAAAUAUUAGUUUAAUAAUUAUUAAGUGCCCUUCUUCUCCCACUUUUUGUAUAACUUGUUUAAACUUGCAGUAUCUUGCUGCGUAUCUGCUGUAUAACUUUAUUGCUGUCAAAACUCUGAACGCAUUUAAUACUUUACAUAAAAUGUACGAAUGUAUGAUGCACUCAAAAAAAAAAAAGUUGGAGUACACUUGUAUGGCAGUUUAAUUGUUUGGGUUUAAGAAGGUGCGACAGAAUUGAUAAGUCUUUACCAUGUACUUGAUAAACUCAAUAAAUCUAUUUUUCUAUAUCAUCUAGCAUAUUCUAAGCACUACACCAGAGGGAGCCAAACACACAAAACAGAAUUAGUAGUUGAAUUAAUUUAUUGCACAGAAGAGUUAACGACAUAAGUACAAAAGCUAAAGGUGUCUGGUGAUAAAGUAUCUUCCAGACAAACCCCCUCCAAAAAACAAAAUUCAAGAGGGAAAUACAAGUAUAUUUGUCUGCUAUGUUUUUUUUCUAGACUUGCUUUUACUACUCAGUCCAUCCAGACUAUUUAUGUUAUUUCUAGUACCAAGCUAGUUUGUGAAAUGUCUUGUAUUUUUGUUGUUUUCAGACACACACUAGAAUAUAUACACAUUCCCCUAUCUAGAUUGUAAGCAUCUUUCUGCAAGGUCUUCUUCACCUCUUGUCUUCUUGUUCACCUAUUUUUGUCUGACAAUUAUUAUUUAAUGCUAAAUAUUUAAUGUAACAUAUCCCCAUUGCGUCACUGUAAAGCACAAUGUAAAUUUUGCCAUUAUCUAAGUGCUAAUAAUAAUGAUAGUAAUAAAAAUAACCAGUUAGUAAAAUACACAGGGCCACUUAUAACUAGCCAAUAAAGCUUGCAACCACUUAAUAAAACCUUCUUUCAACCCUGAAGCAAGAUCUCUAAACUACACAGGCUCGCUCACAAUGAGUCAAUAGAGUACAAAGGGCCACUUGUAGCCACCAAGUAACACAUAGAACCCAUUCAGAAUUAUUCACUCAAAUCCAGACUAACAUAAGCCAGGCAAAAUGACCCAAUUUCAACUGGAUUAAUAAUACUCAGACUUAUGAAGGACUAAUCUGGUUUAAAUUUGGUCAUUUAGAUUAAAUGAGCAAAUUUAAUUUGGAAGCAUCCAGUGUGUGUGCUUUAGUAUCGGCAAUUUAAAUCACAUAUAAAAUAAGAUCUUCAUAUUUAUAAAGUACCAUAUUUCACCUGAAUUCUCUCUAAACUAAUCUGAUCUAACUCAAUUACACAAAAUAAACCAAGAGGACUUUACUUACCUAAGCAUGUAUACUUAUACGGGUGCCGCUGGGGCCAAUUCAUACAACAUACAAGAUCCAGUUAGUACUUGAUGUUAACACUGAAAGCAGAAAUAUAGUACAGUUUUUUCGAAAUUUGAGUCUCAUGUUUCACCACUGAAUCAGCACUGGAUUUGGCUUUCAUACAUUUGGUUGCAUCACCUGGACAGGCUAAAAUCCUAUAGAUGUUUAAGUCUGUGUAGGGCCUGAAAUGCAAAAUUUGGACAUUGAUAAAUUUGUGAACGGUCUCUAGAUUUUGCAUUCCAAAUGCAAAUGGACAACUCCAGAUUAUUUUUGGUAAUCUGCACUGAGGACAUUGGGACUUUAGUGAAUUAACUUUCCAAAUCCAUUCCAAAAAGCACUUUAAAAGGUAACCAGUAAAAAAAAGACUGCUAUUCACAGUAUAGCUUAGAGACCUAUUCACAGCCAAAAGGAAAAACUCACCAAACUUCUAAAAGCCACACAAUAAAACAUAUAGUCCUUCUCACAAUGCACUAGUAAAAUUUAGAGUCGCUUUUACCCUUACAGUAAUAAAAACAAACCUGAAAUAAAAUGUUGGAAUUGACAUAAACUGGGGAUAGGUAGAAAAUUAAUCUCUGCUGAGCCAUUUUGCCUGAAAAGAGAAAAUUACAGGACAGCUGUAUUUUGGAAUAAUGUUAGUUUAGCUUGGCAGAUUUUCAGCACCACAAACCCAGUUCAGAAACAAAUCAGAUGUACCAAAAGGGCACAAAAAUUGGCCAACAUUAAUGGGUCAAUGAAAUAUUAUGGAUAUAUUUUACAGGACAUUAAUAGGAGCAAUUAACCGCAAUUUGGUUCACAGUUCAAGUGAGAAAAAGUGAGAAAAAUCCAACAAAAGGAAAAAAAGGAGAAACAGAAAAAUAAUAAUAAUACAAUACAUAUAUAUAUAUAUAUAUAUAUAUAUAUAUUUAUUUUUUUAUUUUAAUUUUUUUUUUUUACUGCUCCUCCUUUUCCCACUCUAUUGGAUACUUAAUGAUACCUAUUGCUCAUUUCUCACUUGAUCUGUGAUUAAAAUCAACACUUAGCUGCUGUUCGUUAGCUACAUUUAGGAUCACGGCCCGAAAUUAACAUGCUCCAUACUACUGCACAUUUUGGAUAGUUCAUGAUUCGGGUAAAUUUCAACUCUGAGCACUGGAAUUUGAACGAUCAGCUGUUUGGGACAAAUUUGCACAAAUUGCGGUUCAGACCAAAACAAAUCUCUAGUCUGGUGUAGUUUUGACAAAAAACUUUAGACUGGUAGUGUGUAUAUGUAUUUAACAUUCUGGAUGUUAUAUGUUUUUGCUGAUGACAUUCUAUUUAUUUAUAGGGAACACAAUGCUGUACAGUUCUGUAAGAAUCUAUUACAUGCAAAGGAUGCCAUGGAAAAUGCAGAUAUUGAAAAAGCAGCCCUGGAAUGUAUUCAGAUGGGUACAGUUCCACAUUGGGUAUUUAAACAUUCAUACAUCUCCUUAUCAACUGGUAAGUUGUCUUGUAGUCAACUGUUAAUUGACUUAAUAAUCAAUACACAAUCAACAAAUGUCCAAAUUUUAAAAAUAAAAAUCACAUGUUGAAAGUAUUUUGUUAAGCAUUACUUUUCAAGAAAAGAACUCUAGGCUGAUAUGGAAGGCCCCAUGGAUCAGUUUUGCACCGGGGCCCCAUGGAUUGUGUGUAAGCCACUGGCUGUGAGAAUGGAGUAUUGGCAAUCUGUGUGUGUGUGGGUGGGGGUGGGGGUGGGGGGGAUAGGGUGAGAACCAGGUCAAAUACUCCCACUGAGAAGUCAGGAGCUUUUAUGUGCAUUUAUGUCCGGCCAUUUGCAGAGGCUGAAUAAAUGACCAUACCCAUAAAAUGUCUGUGUAUAUAUCUCUGUCUUGUUUUAUGUGUCAGUCAGGUUGUUAGCAUGUGUGGGGUGUAAAUAUUUGCAUUUGGCUGUAUCUGUUUAUUUGUGGGUGUAGAUGUAGAUAUUUUUCAAUGUGUAUAUAAAUAUAUAUAUAUAUAUAUGUAUAUAUAUAUAUAAUAUAUCAUAUAGUGUAGAUUGUAUACACAAAAAUAAUCAUAUGUACAUAUUGCAAUUACAAAUAAAAAGCUCUAGAGGGCAGAAUUAGUCAAGCACAAUAGUCACUAUGCCUCCUUUCCACUAAGCCAGCGGAUGGAAAACUUGCCCAAUGACGACUUUGGUUCGAAUAGAUUAUGGACUUGCACAAGGGUGAAAGGCUGAUGUUGGAAGAUGGGAAUUGGAUGUUUAAUUCUGAGGCAGCAUAAUGUGUGAUGAUUUGCAAGAGAGAACAACAUCUGCUCCGACCAACUGAAAAAGCCUUGUUUGGUGAAACCAGUCGGAGCAGACGUUAUUCUGUCUUACGAAUAAUCACACGUUAGUUGGCCUUGGAAAUUAACUUUUGGUUUCCACCUCUCAGCAUGAUCCUGUAUAGAACCUGACCUCUGUAAAGAUUUGCAUUGGUUUGUAGAAACCACAGAACUGGGGGGUGUCUUGGCCACCAUCUUGAAUGGCCACCAUUUAGAGGUGCUCCUGGGGCAUUGGGACAAUAAUGUUCCAAAAUAACUAUUCAUCUCUUUAAUAUACUUUUUUCAUUCAUUACUACUGCUUUAAGAAAAUCUUCACAACAUGAAGAAGAAAAAAACAGCUGAAAAAAUAAAGAAAACUGGCACUGCAGCAGCUGGGGUGAGUAAAAUUUCAACUACCCACUCCCUCUCUCACAUAACAAAACUGCGGCUUAUUUCACCGCUGACUUCAACUCCAGGGACAUCAGUGGCAGUGGCACCCUCCCACCCUUCCACCCAUCAGCGCACUUAUGCAAGUGCGGCCCCGGCCCGCUCGCAACAACAACAAAGCGGCAGGACAGUGGCUGCAAUAGCUGUCAGUCUGACAGGCAGCCCUACUAGAUCUGAGUGCUCAGAGCACUCAGACCACAGAGGAUUUUUCCCCGCGAGCGGUGCUGAGUGCAAGACAAACUGCGAGUGGCUUAAUAUUAAAGUUGCCCAAUCACUCACUUAUAAGAGCGAUCGGGAUGGAGUGAAUAAAGGGGGUGGGAUCAGGUCUCGCUCCCCUUCGGGUCCUUCAGCCUUAUGGCCGUCGCUAUCUGAGGAGGGUCACUGA